AUGAAGAUUUCUCAUAGUCGUCAGAAAAGUUACCAUGAUAAGAGGAGGAAAUCACUUGAGUUUGAAAAGGAUGAUCAUGUGUUUUUGAGAGUUACUCCAGUAACGGGGGUUGGUAGAGCUUUGAAGUUGCUUAAGUUGACGCCGCAUUUUAUUGGUCCGUAUCAGAUUACCGAGAGAUUGAGGAGAUACAUUGCGGAUCCUCCGCAUGUUGUCCAAUUAGAUGAUGUUGAGGUUAGAGAUAACUUGACCGUGGAGACAUUAUCUAUGCGGAUAGAAGAUAGAGAGGUGAAGCAACUACGAGGCAAGGAAAUCGCGUUGGUGAAGGUCAAUUGGGGUGGACCGGCUGGAGAAAAUGUGAUGUGGGAGCUUAAGAGCAAGAUGAAAGAUUCUUAUCCCGAUUUGUUUGCUUGA